UCCAAAAAACAAAUUUUAUGAAGAUGUUAUUGUAAUUUUAAUACUACUAAUAUACUUAUAAUCUGAUAAUCCUGCAGACGAGCUUCCGUCGAUCCUCGCCGGAUUCUGAAAGACUUUGUCGUGGGGAGGGCAGUGAAGUUUUCAAAAUAGUGUGUAAUAUUAAAUUAUUAGGCCAUACGAUUAAGAAACGCUUAAAAUGAAAGGUGCCUGGUGAGGGGAUGCGCCCCGCGCCGCGCUGACGGGAGGAGAUGAUGUGGAGCGUAGCGACUCUCUGCCGGGCGAGCCCCGCGCUGCUCAGGGGCUUGGGGCGGGCGCAGGGCAGACUGGUGCGGGGCGCCCGGCAGGCCAGGCAGGCCGCGGGUCGCGGGCGCUCUCCGGGGAGCUCCGCCCUCCUCGGCUGCUCCGUCGUAGCCGCCUCGGCCUCCUGGGGCACCGGGCUGGUGGCGGCCCGCUGCGACGCUCCCGCUCCCGAGGUCCCGAAGCCGGCCCCUCCCCUGCCCGCGUCCACUGAGGGAGAGCCGGCGUUCGACUGGAGGAGGUUCCUGGAGUACCUGCGCCCUCACGUCUGGCUGCUGUCGGCUGCCGUGGCCGGAGCGUUCGUGGUGGCCAUCCUGAACAUAGAGAUCCCUCGGCUCGUGGGUGGGGUCGUGAACGUCGUGGCGAAGAUGGUGCGCGGGGAGGACUCCGCGUCGUUUGCAGACGAGAUGCGCGGCCCUGUGAAGCGUCUGCUGGCCAUGUACUCGUUGCAGGCGGCGUUCACGUUUGUGUACAUCUACGUGUUGUCGUGCGUGGGGGAGCGUGUGGCCGCACGCAUGAGGCAGGACCUGUUUGCGGCGGUCAUGCGGCAGGACCUGUCGUUCUUCGACCAGCAGCGCACCGGCGAGAUCGUCAACCGGUUGACUACAGACGUCCAAGACUUCAAGAGUUCAUUCAAGCUGUGUAUUUCCCAGGGCCUACGUAGCAUCACACAGAUUGUGGGCUGCGCGGUGUCGCUGUUCGUCAUCUCCCCGGAAAUGACCUACGCCAUGCUGACCUUCGUGCCUCCCAUCAUCGUCGCAGGCACGGCCAUCGGCUCCUUCCUGCGCACCAUGUCGAGGAAGGCCCAGGAACAGGCGGCGGUCGCGACGUGGGUGAGCGAGGAAGCAGUCAGCAACGUGCGGACGGUGAGGGCCUUCGCGAUGGAGGCGGAGGAGUGCGAGGCCUUCAGUCGGCAGACGGAGGAGAGCCGGCGACUGAACGAGCGUCUGGGCCUCGGCAUCGGCCUCUUCCAGGCGGGCACCAACCUGUUCCUGAACGGCAUGGUGCUGGGCACGCUGUGGGCGGGCGGGCGGCUGCUGGCGGCCGGCCAGGUGUCCCCCGGCGACCUGAUGGCGUUCCUGGUGGCUGCCCAGACCAUCCAGCGCUCCCUGGCGCAGGCCUCGCUGCUGCUGGGGCAGGUGGUGCGGGGGCUGGGCGCCAGCGCUCGGGUCUUCCAGUUCAUGAACUUGCAGCCGACCAUGCCUCUGACAGGUGGCAAAGUUAUUCCCUACCACUCGCUGAUGGCAGAUGUAGAGUUCAAGAAUGUCACCUUUGCCUACCCUACGAGGCCAGGACAGGUGGUUCUGAAGAACUUCAACCUCCGUCUCUGCCCGGGCAAGACGGUGGCGGUUGUGGGGGCGUCUGGAAACGGAAAGUCCACAAUUGCUGCUCUUCUCGAGAGGUUCUACGACGUGGACGAGGGCAGCAUCACGCUCGACGGGGUGGACCUGCGAGCCCUGGACCCCUCGUGGCUGCGCGGCCGCGUCAUCGGCAUCAUCCACCAGGAGCCGGUGCUGUUCGCGACCUCCGUCGCCGAGAACAUCCGCUACGGGCGGCCGGGCGCCUCCGACCAGGAGGUGGCGGAGGCCGCCAAGGUCGCCAACGCGGAUGAGUUCAUCCGCGCCUUCCCCCGCGGCUACGAGACGGUGGUGGGCGAGCGCGGGGCCACCGUGUCCGGGGGGCAGAGGCAGCGGAUAGCCAUCGCCCGGGCGCUGCUCAAGAGACCGUCCAUCCUCAUACUGGACGAAGCAACCAGUGCGCUGGACGCAGAGUCGGAGAGGGCCGUGCAGGAGGCCCUGGAGCGAGUGUCGCGCGGCUGCACGGUGCUGGUCAUCGCCCACAGGCUGAGCACGGUGCAGGGCGCGGACGUCAUCGUGGUGCUGGACCACGGGGUCGUGGUCGAGAUGGGAGACCAUGAGUCUUUGAAGAAGAAAAAAGGGUUUUACUGGAAUCUGAUCAGACAACAAGAAAAUAACGAGAGAUCUUUGUGAUGGUCAUUUCGUACGGUACUGCGUGAUAAUGUUGCAGUAUGGUAAAUAUAAAGUUUCUGAAUGUUUCUAGUAUUCAGUUAUUGCUAAAUCUAUUUGAAAACCAAAAUUAACAUUAAAUAUGUACGGGAGUACAUGUACUUACUUUCAACGAGCAAAUAGAAUAUUGCUUGCAAAUUAUCGAUGCCAUUUUUGUUACUGAUAAGUAGGGACAUGCAUUUAUCACAUUUGCGAUAACGCGAUGUUUUACGCGAAUUUCGGGAAUUAUUUUUCUGGAGAAACAGUGAUUUUUCACUUUUUAUAAAAUACUGGAAAUUCUCUUCCAAAAACUUUUAAUACUGCGAUAUUGCCAUUUGUCAGAAAGUGACUUGCUGAUGGUGGGUCCACAUAUGCUCCAGGGGGAGGUUGGUUUCUCCAAAUGCCUCUGGCUGCCUCGUAACAAUAUAAGCAACAAAGAGCUUCAUUAUUUUCAUACAUUAGAUACAGUAACUGUAUUGGUUAAUAUUUCAGAACCUUCAUAUAUAUUGUUGUUCAAGAAGAGAUGCACUCAAAGUGACAAUUACAGAUGUUUUAAUGUCUUGUGAAAGAUAGUUUAAAGUAUGUUACUUAUGGAUUGGAUGUAUUGAAGUAGAUAGUGAUAAAUCAAAAUAUCUUAUGCAGUAGUAAAUAGUUUAAUUCUAAUUACAUAGUAAAGGAAUAAUAAAGUUUGUUGAUUUUCAAAAAAAAAAAAAAA